AUGACCAUUACUGACCUGGGAAUGCUCCAACAUACAGUCGAACGUGCCGGCAACGACAUGUCAAAUGCGACGAACAGAGGCCCGUCUGCGGCAACUGUGGCAAGAAGAAUCGCCGCUGCUGAGCGUGGUGCUGGCUCUAGGUCGAAUGGAUACCAUCAACCCGAAUGGAGCCAUGCGGCAGGGCCCAACACUGCAUUCGUGUCAGAGACGCACCAGCCCAUGGGCGAGUCCCAGACUGUCGACGAGCCUCGUCGGACUGCAACGAGGAGGGCUCCCUCUUUUGGGUCUGUUCUAGCCCAGUAUCUCAGCAACCACUGGCAGACAUCAUCGUCAGGCGAUGUCUUGAGGACAUCGCCGCGCAACAACUCUAUCCAACAAGUGCCUGAUUGGAUACGCCAUGAAGAUGGACACCGGCACGAUAACCCUCAAACAGAAAGCCCAGGGUGGGCAACUCUGCAUCUGGGUCAAACGCCGGCCUCUUUGCAGGAUCCUUCAUAUGGCGACUCCAGCCACAGCUCGCCACAAGGCUGGCAGUCGGCGUGUUUGGAGUCCGUCCUGCGUCGUACUUACCUGCCGAGGACAAGAACUACUCCCCCAGAUCCACUUUUGAGGCGUGAAGAGCUCGAUCACUCUCCCGGCAGCAGCACCUCAUACCGUCGUGCUCAGAGAUCUCUUGAGCAGCAGCCUCUUUCGGCCCCGCCCACCUCGGGCGCUCCCAGUCAACUCUUUCUGACCGAGUUGGAGGUAGUGCUGUUUCGAAAUUUUGUGGAACGUGUUGCACGAUGGAUCGACGCUUUCUCCCCGGAAAAUCCCUUCGCCACUCAUGUUCCCGUUCUGGCCCUGCAGUGUCCGGCAAUUCUGCUCUCGUGUCUCGCUAUUUCGGCGAAGCAGAUGGCUUUGGUGGCCACCGAGGGCCAAGCACCCAUUCAAGAUGUCCUCGCCCUACAGUACUACCAGAGAGCUCUGAGAGCCAUCAGCAGCCUGUUAACGAAGCCGGAGCAUGCUCGGAGUGAUGAAAUACUGGCGUCAUGCAUCAUGCUUUCCAAGUAA